AUGGAGGACGAAAGCGAACAGGCCGAAUUCACGGCAAUGGUUUUGGAUAUUGAUGACGAUCCUGCAAAAUCCUUCGACGAAGAUAUUCCAACACCAAUGGACGAAUCCGCACCGAAAGACGCUUGUGAUGAAGUGAGCGAAGACAGUUUCUUCAAAGAUAGCGCCUGCAUAGAAGUAGCACGGUGUUCCUGGGAUCGUCCCGUGCGGCAAAACUACCUGCAAGGUUGCCAUUGGUCGCCGGAUGGAACCUGCGUGCUGACCGCGGUUAACAAUGACGGCAUGCACAUAGUAGAACUACCAAACGAUCUGUACGGAAAAGACCACGUGUCGGAAGACCGCCCCGUUGACCUGUUAACGUCCGCGGUACACGUUUCGGAGGGCGGUCUCGUGUACGACUUAGCAUGGUACCCGCGCAUGAACAGUGGAAUUCCAGAGACGUGUUGCUGGAUCGCAUCUCGCCAGCACGAACCAAUACAGCUGUGGGAUGCUUUCACCGGCAACCUGCGAUGUUCGUAUAAAGGCUAUGAUCAGUUCGAUGAAGUGGAAGCGGCACUCAGCCUUGUAUUUUCACCUAUCGAUGGAGAAACCAUCUACGGGGGAUACAAAAAGUCUAUUAAAUCGUUCGAUAUAACCGUACCCGGUAGGGAGGCGAGUUCUUUUAAGACAAAAUCCACUGCAUCUUGCAUGGCGAUCGCUCCAUCGCUGCCCAAUACGAUUUUGUACGGUUCAUGGAACCGCAGCAUCUCUGUGUUGGACACGCGCUCGGGAGAAUGUUUGAAGGUGGGAAAUUAUAACACUGAUAACAGCCACACCGCUGGAGUUACGUGGCUUGGAUUUGAUCUCAACACAGAAGCAACCAUGUUCGCUUCCGGCGCUCGCAAGGAUCCUAAAAUAUUGAUUUGGGACGUUCGCAAGCUCACGCAUCCGGUGCGAUCGUUACGACGGACCUGUGCCACCAACCAGCGCAUUUAUUUGGAUUUUUCGCCACUAGGACAGUGGCUAGUAAGUGGCGAUACUAGGGGGAUACUGCACGCUUGGAAUCUUCGUGACCUAGAUGGCGACAACGUACCGAAGGAAUUACUUUUUCCACUUCAUUGGGACUGUCUCAACGGAGUCUCGUUUCAUCCUCAUGCUCCUAUCCUGGCUACAUCCAGCGGUCAGUACCAUUUCCGUGCUAAAGCUACAGAUUCCGAGGACGGCGAACAGGACGCCAAAAAAGCACUCGAUCCCAAGGUGGAAAAUUCCCUCACACUAUGGUGGAUAGGGAAGGGGCUGUUUUCGGAAGAAUAAAAAAUGAAUAAAAAUUCUCUCUG